GAAAAUGCUGCACUGGAGUCCCGGGCGGGCGCGCUAAUCCAGUGGGGACCUUUUCCUUUCCUUCUCUCCUUCCUUGCAAUGGUGGCGGGGACUGCUGCUAUUGCUGCUGCUGCUAUAACCUCAUCCACCUUUUCUUCUUUGGGACUCUUAUUUUAAUUGAUGUUUUUAAUCCAGGGCACAACAGGAUGUCCCGCAAGGUUGGCUGUGAAGAGCAAGAUGAACUGCAUGGUCAGGACUCAGAUGCGCAGGAACGGCGGGACAACCGGUGCAAAGUCAAAUGGUCACGUGAAGAGGACGAGCUAUUGAAUUCCUUGGUGAAUCAGUUUGGACAUGACUGGAAGUUCCUCGCCAGUCACUUUCCUAACCGUACUGAGCAGCAGUGUCAAUACCGCUGGCUCAGGGUGCUAAAUCCUGUCCUGGUGAAAGGCCCUUGGACGAAGCAGGAAGAUCAGAAGGUUAUUGAACUGGUGAAAAAAUAUGGCACAAAGCAAUGGACACUUAUAGCCAAACAUUUGAAAGGCCGGCUAGGAAAACAGUGUCGUGAACGCUGGCACAACCACCUGAAUCCCGAGGUGAAAAAGUCGUCCUGGACAGAGGAAGAAGAUCGUAUAAUUUGCGAGGCUCACAAAGUUCUGGGGAAUCGAUGGGCUGAGAUUGCUAAAUUGCUGCCAGGCAGGACUGACAAUGCUGUGAAGAACCACUGGAAUUCCACAAUCAAAAGAAAAGUGGACACAGCAAACUUUCUGAAUGAAACAAAAGAAUCCAACUCCCUCUAUCUAUUGGUUGAAGUGGAAGACAAGGAAAGCCAAAACGUACAAGAAACUGAAAAUCAGCAAAACUUUGUUACCAGCUGGCCUGUUCAAAGUUUGGAAAUCAAAGAGGAGGAAGCCACUGAGGAUAAGUCAGUUGUCUUGCAAAUGCUGCCUUCAGAGCAACUCCCUGAAAGCCUAGCGGAGGACACCACCAAAGGUGUACCAGAAACUACCGUGGCUGAUGACGCACUGGAAGAAGGUUCCUCUUCAUAUACAUGGGUGGUGGAAUCUGGCAGUUAUUUGUGCACUGCAGCAGCCCCAGCCAUUACAGAAGCUCUCGACAUGAUUGAAUCUGACCCUGAUGGUUGGUGUGAUCUGUCUCAGUUUGACCUUCCUGAUGAUCUGUCUGCCAGUAACAGCAACAGCCCAGAGAGACAGACAUCUAUCACACCCUAUUCCUCCUCGCAGAACGUGACAGAGUACCGUUUGGAUGGCCAUACCAUUUCAGAUCUGAGCAAAGGCAGCAAGGGCGAGCUCAUCCCCAUCUCCCCACGCACAGACAUGAGCUUUGGCACUCCGCCUUCUGUACUUAAGCGGCAAAAGAAGAGGAAGAUCAGUCUCACGCCGGUUUCAGAAGGGGGCACCAGUACCAGCCUCUCCUUCUUGGACUCCUAUAAUAGCAUGACACCUAAGAGCACUCCUGUGAAAAGCACCCCUGUCAAGACAUUGCCAUUUUCCCCGUCUCAGUUCCUGAAUUUCUGGACCAAACAGGACACACUGGACCUUGAGACCCCUUCUUUAACUUCCACACCUGUGUGCAGCCAAAAGGUGAUAGUGACUACUCCACUACACAGAGACAAAACACCGUUAAUCCAGAAAAACUCUGCGUUUGUGACCCCUGAUCAGAAAUAUAUAACAGACAAUACACCUCACACGCCCACACCUUUCAAGAAUGCUUUAGAGAAGUAUGGACCCAUGAAGCCCUUGCCACAAACUCCUAAUCUGGAAGAAGAUUUAAAAGAAGUAUUGAGGAGUGAAACUGGCAUCGAGCUGAUAAUUGAAGAUGAUGUGAAUCCAGAGAAGCAAAAGAGAAAACAGGGCCUGCACAGGAGUCCCAUUAAGAAAGUCAGGAAAUCACUUGCAUUAGACAUUAUGGAGGAAGACUUGAAGAUGACAGUUUCCACCAUGGCCAAACCUGUUUGCAUCAAAAGAACUCAGGGGAGCCAGGAGAGAAGACAUAAGCUCUCUGAGGCCCCCUCUGCAAUGCAGUCUGUGAGCUUCCUUUCUCAGUCCCUCAACCUUUCGGUGUCAAGCAGCAAGAGCAAUACAAGCUUGCUCAACAGAGGGUUUGUGCACAUCAAGGCAGAAAAGGCUCCAUCUUCCAAGAGAAUCCCUAGCAAGUACAGGCCACCUGCACUGAUGUCCAGUGCUUGGAAAACAGUGGCUUGCGGUGGUUCUAAAGACCAAUUGAUCAUGCAAGACAAAGCUCGGCAGGUCUUGGGCGUGCUGAAACAGAACCACACAUCGCGGACAUUGAUCUUAUCUUGAAGAACUCUAUAAACUUUUGUUACUCCUCAUUUUUAUAUGGAACUGGCAGCCGAAAGAAUAAAAGGACAGAAUGUGGGGCAACCCUUUUUGCAAGGCAAUCUUUUCCUUAUCGUUUUUUUUGACUCCCUCAGGUCUGUAAUAGGUGCCGUUAAUAAAGUACUCCACAUUCUAAGGUUUAUGCAAGAUAUCAGAAAUGAUGUACAGACUUAAUGUCAAGUUGGGUAACAAGCCUGCAUUCAAGUUGGACAGACCCACUCUUCUCCCUCUCUACUUUCUCUUCAUUGUCUUCUUUGGACAUGUGGAAGGAAACAAGGGUAGUGGCAUAGGAAAAGCCAUAAACGUCUGGACUGGUUUUUGUUUUGUUCAGGAAGCUAAGUAUAAUUAUGUGAAGUUAUCUGCUCAUAUCUGCAUUUGGAAUAGAAGGAAAUUGGAAGUAUAUGAAAUUUGCUCAAUGAACUAUGUGAACUAGAAUGUGGUCUGCUGUAUUAUGUGAGUGUAUGUAUCAAAAACCUCAUCUUCAGGGCAUUUGCAAUAUACAGAUAAUGCAAUCACUACCUUUUGUUAGCUAAGCCUAUAGGUUUAUGAUUUGCUUUAUAUUGUUUUGAAUUUCCAACUCCACCAGAUGGUGCUGAUGCCUAUGCUUUGCUCCUUUUCCAGCCCAGCAGACUGAUUAGAUGAAAGGAACAGGCAAGCUAGCUGAAGCAUUGCUGCAGUGUUUUCAGCUUUUUUCUUGGCACCUAUGAUAGAAUGAGACUUUGUGAAUCUGUGAGGGUUUUUUUUGUGUCAGGAGCGACUUGAGAAACUACAAGUCGCUUCUGGUGUGAGAAUUGGCCGUCUGCAUGGGUGUUGCCUAGGGGACACCCAGAUGUUUUACCAUCUUAUGGGAGGCUUCUCUCAUGUCCCUGCAUGGGAAGCUGGAGCUGACAGACAGGAACUAACCCCGCUUCCCAGAUUCAAACCGCCAAACUUUUGGUCAGCAGUCACGCUGGCACAAGGGUUUAACCCAUUGUGCCACUAGAGGCUCCUCAACCUGUGAGUGAAGGUUUGUCACACUUUCCAAUGGGAAAGGCUGUGCCUGGAGUAAGAAUCAUGGUUGCCUUCCUAUACUUUGCUACCAUACCAUGUUAAGAAAAGUGUUGUACAGCCUGGUAUAACCCUGCAGAUCAGCCCAAACAGAUUUUCCUUUGCUGACCACUUCUGAUAUGAGGCAAAUAAGAAUGUAACAGGUUUCUCAGAUCUAAACUAUGCAGCAGUUCACCUACUGCAGCUUUGUAUUCAUCUGAUCCAUAUCAUUGUUGGUAUUGUCAGAUUGCUCUUAUAGAAUGAGAAGAUAGAUAAUAUUAUUAGCUAAAUCAGGUCCAGAUCCUAGAAGGUAUUCCAGACCAGCAAUCUAUACAGAAAACUUGCCAUGCUGUACAACUUUUCAAUACACAGUCACAGAUAAUGCACACUUUUUAAGGUGAUAUCUGGAUCACAAAUAUGUUUGCAGAUGUCAAUAGCAAACUGGUGCACACAUGGAGAAUGGUGAUUGGCUGCAUUCCCUAUGAUUUACACCGACCAGCCCCAGGUCAGUGUUUUCCAUAUGGUUUUGACCAAAACUCAUCCCAGGCCAUACUGAUGGGAGUUGUAGCCCAAAGUAUCUAAGAUGUCACUACAUUGGAGGAGGGCUAUUCUACACUCAGUGGUAAACUCAACCUUGCCUUUGCUUGAUUAAUGAAAUAUCCUUACAUUGAUUGACCUCAGAAAUCUUAUGAAAUCAAGUUCAGAGCAGUGGGUUCUCCACUUCAUAGAGGACUGGAAGAUACAAGGUUUCAAAAUCAGACAUCCUGGAACCUAUUAAAUACAGUAGAGUCUCACUUAUCCAAGCCUCGCUUAUCCAAGCUUCUGGAUUAUCCAAGCCAUUUUUGCAGUCAAUGUUUCAAUAUAUCAUGAUAUUUUGGUGGUAAAUUCGUAAAUACAGUUAUUACAACAUAACAUUACUGUGUAUUGGACUACUUUUUCCUAUCAAUUUAUUUUGUAUAACAUGUUUUGGUGCUUAAUUUGUAAAAUCAUAACCUAAUUUGAUGUUUAAUAGGUUUUUCCUUAAUCCCUCCUUAUUAUCCAAGAUAUUCGCUUAUCCAAGCUUCUGCUGGCCCGUUUAGCUUGGAUAAGUGAGACUCUACUGUAUAUAUUUAUCCUGUACAAUACACAUGUUUUUUGUUAUUUGAGUAACGUAUUGUUAUAAUUAAAUAAUUAGGAGAAACUCCUGGCUCAAUCAAGGUCUCCUUGCAACAUAUAUACAAAGUGGAAACUUUAUUCUUAUCUUUGUUCCCUGCCUUUACAAAUACUUACUGAAGUCAGACUCUGUUAUAAAAUAUGGGUUAGGGUAUGUGUUGCUGGAUUGUAGUUUCCAUGAUUUUUUGCCAUGUUUGGGCCAAAAAAAAAAAUCUGAACAGUCUAAAAACAUCAGGAACAUUUUUUCAAAGCCUGCAAAAUGGCUACAUUGCAGUGUAUUAUGCUAUGUUUACAGGGUUGAGAAUUCUUUUGAGCAGAAGAGCUCUACAAAUAAUAUUUACUCCACACUGAGAUGGUGAAGAUUGUUUGCAUGAGUAUGACAAUUUAUAGGAACAAAGGAGCUUUUCUCAGCAAUUUGGAUUAUUUGGCUACAGCAAACAUUUUUUCUUAAUACCACAGGGUAUAUGAAGUCUUACCUAUAACCUUAAAUAAAUUAUCAUUCAUUGUGGGAGCUGAUUUUGAUGUUAGUCUCUUAUCUGAUGGAAAUGAACGUAUCACAGGUAAGACCAACUUUCUAUUUGAUUUGGAAUCAGCUCAAAAUUAAAAGAUUAUGAUGGAAAUAUUAAAAGCUAUUUCUAAUCUCCUAAAUCUGAUUCUACCAGUGUGUCCUGCUAUGUGUUUAUUCCUUAUUAAGGAAGAUCUACUGUUAAGCAAAUUUCAGGGGAAAUGAACAGAGAGCCUUUCUAAUGACAAAAGCAAUUAACUUUUAAUUGGAAAGCUAAGACAUUUCCUGACAGAAACACAUGCCUGGCUCAGUUAUUCUUGAGCAUGUUAUUCUUGAACCUGUAGAAUAGGCUAAAUCUUUGUGAGCCUGGUUGCCUGUAUUGUUGAGAGAAUGUGUAUUGCUGAGAACAGAAAGAUGAAUUUAUUAAUGCUAACACGUUUAGGGAGAACAAAAAUAAAAGUUGAGCA